UCCUAAAUGUUUAAUUCCAUGUUUUUUUUUUACCUGAAUUUAAAGAUUUUUUUACUUUUAGUCUAUGGAUAUGGAUACAAAUGGUAACAAAGCACCAACCAGAAUAAAGAAUGCUAAAUCCAGUCAACAGCCAUUAUUGCCUGAACAAGAUAUUUAUAUACAUCUCCUUGUUCUACUUCAUUUCAUUGAUGCAGACCAAAUUCAGUCUGCCAUCUGCGAUGGUGUGAUUGAAGCUACCAUAAAUCAUGCCCAAGGCUAUAUGCCAUCUAAACAAACUGUGGAUGUUUACAGUACUGAUGAACCUUAAUCUGCCUUUCAUAAAAGGAUAAGUUUCAGCCUGGAUAUUUGCAAUAAAUCUGUCAAGGUAUUCUUAUUUUAUUUAUGAU